AUGGCUCGGUCCACGAUGAAGAACAACAGCGAGAAUGGGUGGGUUGUGCAAAAGUUUGGCGGCACCAGCGUCGGCAAGUUCCCCGACAAGAUCGCUGAGGACAUUGUGCAGCCCUACUUGCGGAACAAUAAGCUCGUCGUCGUCUGCUCGGCCAGGAGUUCUGGGAAGAAGGUGACUGGAACCACAAGCCGACUAUUAGAAGUCUUUCGUCGACUCAAGAGCCUCGAGAUCAGCAUAGAACCGACACAGACUGAACUGAUCGACGAAGCGAGGAGGAUAAUCCAGGACAUAUGCGACGACCAUGUCGCAGCGGCGGAGAAGUUCGUAAGAGACGCGAGCCGGUGCGCAAUGUUGAUCAAGGAUAUACAAGACGAGUGCUUAGAGCUGUGCGAGUAUAUCGUAGCAGCGAAGCGCUUCCACCUCGAGGUCAAUGCGAGGUCAAAAGACCGCGUUGCUAGUUUUGGCGAAAAGUUGAGCUGCAGGUUCAUGGCCUGCUUGCUGGAAGAUAGGAAUGUCGAAGCACAAUAUGUGGAUCUAUCCGACGCCCUCAGCUACGAAGGAGCAAGGCGGCUCGACCAUACAUUUUACAGUGACGCUGCGGCCGUCAUUCGAAAAAAGAUUCUUGCCUGCGGGGACAAAGUUCCCAUAGUGACAGGCUUCUUCGGCAACGUCCCGGGCAGUCUACUAGAUGGCGACAUUGGGCGCGGCUACACAGAUUUAUGCGCAGCGCUCAUCGCAGUGGGACUGAAGGCAGGGGAGCUACAGGUGUGGAAGGAAGUCGAUGGCAUCUUCACUGCAGAUCCGACCAAGGUGCCUACGGCACGGUUGAUCGGGGCCAUCACGCCGUCGGAGGCCGCAGAGCUGACCUUUUACGGCUCCGAAGUGAUUCACCACCUUACAAUGGACCAGGUCAUCAAGGCCGACCCGCCAAUCCCGAUUCGCAUCAAGAACGUCAAGAACCCCCGGGGAGAAGGCACCAUCGUCGUUCCGGACCCGGUCUUUGCGCCGGGCAAGGAGCUGCGGAGGUCACGACCAUCCGACCAAGAUUGCGUCGGGCGCAAGACACCCAAGCGGCCUACGGCGGUAACCAUCAAGGAUGGGAUAUCGGUAAUCAACGUUCACUCGAACAAGCGGUCCAUCGCGCACGGCUUCUUUGCGCGCGUCUUCUCCAUCCUCGACCAGAACCAGGUCUCGGUCGACCUGAUUUCGACAUCAGAGGUGCACGUCUCGAUGGCGAUUCACUCUGCGAGCGACAAUGGCGGCAACUUUGACAGGGCGCGCGCCGAACUCGGAGACUGCGGCGAGGUCAGUGUCCUGCACGACAUGGCCAUUCUGAGUCUUGUUGGUGCGGACAUGAAGAACAUGGUCGGUGUGGCGGGCAAGAUGUUCUCCACGCUGGGAGAGCAUAACGUAAAUAUCGAGAUGAUCUCACAAGCGACCGCGAUGACACUGGCGUCGAUCGCCCUGCCCAACUGGAUCAGUUACAAUAUAACCUCUAUCAAGGGGCAUUCGAUAGCACGCAACAUUGGCCUGCACAAGACGUGCUCGUCGGGAAUCGACCCGUUUUUGGACUCGACUAUCUGCCGGUCGUUCCCGAUCGAGCGUGAGGACUGCGCCGGGGACGAGCGGGGCUUCUGCAGCAUAUGGCGCACCACGGGUUUUCUCAUGUCGCUUGCCAUCGUCGUCGAGCUCGCGACCCUGGUCGGGUUCUUGGUCAUCAUGGCCGGCGGCAAGAUGAAGCGCGUGACAGGCUGGAAGAUACUGAGCAGCCUCUUGGCUGGCAUCGCCGCGCUGUUGCUCAUGUCCAUGGGGACAGUUGCCUACAUCUUUGAUAAUGAUGACAAGUUUUCAGUGCCUGGGUGGAGUUUGGACAAAUCGUGGAUUAUGACGACUAUCAGCGCUGCUUUUUGUCUCUUGUGCGCGGCGGUGUUCCCGAUAUCGGCUCACUUUCUGCCAGCAGAAGGUGACUAUGAGUUUCUUCGAGACCCUGUACAUGCUUAA